CAUUGUCAGUGCUUUUAGAAACCCUAGCCACUCGCUGCUCUCUCCUUCCCUUCUUCGCCUACACUGUAAUGGAAUCGGUCGCAGAACCAAUGGAGUUGGUAACAGAACCAAUGGAAUCAGUCACAGAACCAAUGAAGUUGGUCACCGAACCAAUGAAGUCGGUCACAGAACCAAUGGAGUCGGUCACAGAACCAGCAGAGGCCGUUUCAAAGUCCAUAUGCAAGUUGAGCAUGCAAGAAUCAUCUUCAUCAGAAGAAGAACAAUCAUCAUCCGAAGAAGAAGAAUCAUCAUCAGAAGAAGAAGAAUCAUCAUCGGAAGAAGAAGAAUCAAAAAAAGAAUCAGUCGAAGAAGAAUCAUCAGAAUCAGGAGAAGAAUCUUGUGAACUUCCUUUAUGGAAAAGGAUAGGAUCUGUCGUUAAGUUUCAGCUCUGUUAUCCUGACUGGAUGAACAGUUACGUUCUGAAGAAAAGACUCCUAAUUAGAGGGAGUGGGCUUGAUGUUAAACAGGUUGAACGUGACUAUGCCCAACUGGAGCCGCCACCCAAGUUGGAUAUGGACACUGUUCUUGGUUUUAAAUAUUAUUACCGCCGCCCGGAAAAGGGCUAUAAGUUCAUAUGGGAUAGAAUACAUUGGAUGGGUUGCAAUGUACAUAGUGAUCGUCAUGCUUUAAAUAUGCCCGUUAUUCACAGGGAUCUCAGUGACUAUGUCACCCCCAAUUGGAAAUUAGCAGAUGGAUGCAAAAAAAUGCGAUUUCGUAUCCCAUGCUAGUUUUAAUGUGGACAUUGAGUGGAAGAUCAUUAUUGUAGUUGAUAUUCUCUUGCACUACCCCAUAUCAGCAUUUUAAGGUUUUAUUUUAUUUUAUUUUCCUUCAAUGUGAAGUUACCCCUAUAUUAGCA